AUGGCUGCUACUCACACCGGCAUCACGGAACAAGUGCUCUCUUAUCAAGCCCCUGAUCCCCCAGUCGAGGAAUUUGAACCACCCACAGACCGAGCCUUCUUCGCCGACCCGGACAAGAAGUCGCUUCUGUCGGCAGCCCGAGAAGUCCGCAAGUUGACUCCCUACAUUGGCACUGAGCUUGUGGGGAUCCAAUUGAGUCAACUCACGGACAAGCAGAAGGAUGAGUUGGCCUUGUUGGUGGCUGAACGAGGCGUGGUCUUCUUCAGAGACCAGGAUCUGACGCUCGAUCAACAAUAUGAGCUCAACACGCACUAUGGCAUCCAAGACCGCGAUCCCAACCAACAAGAUCCCAAGCACGUCACCAUCCUCGGACGCAACAGCGACAUCCGCAAGUUCGGGGACUACGGCGGCGAAUACCACUGCGAUCACUCGUUCGAGGCUAACCCGCCUGCGUAUACGAUGCUGCGGAUGAUCCGAACACCAGAAGCGGGCGGUGACACCAUCUUCACGAGCCAGACGGCCCUCUACGACAAACUGAGCCCGGUCUUCCAGAAGACAUUUGAUGGCCUGCACGCCGUUCACAGCUCCGAGGCCAGCUUCAUCAACUCGAUCAACAACGGGUACCAGCCCUUCCGAGGCCCCGUCCGUCGUGAGCAUCCGUUGGUCCGCGUCCACCCGGUCACCAAGGUCAAAUCGCUCUACUACAACCCCACCUUCGUCGUGCACGUCUCGGAACUCAAGGGCCAAGAAUCAAUCCACAUGCUGAACUUCCUGCGCGAACACCUCCACGCGGCCGACGACCUCACGGUCCGCUGGAAAUGGACGCCCGGCGCCGUGGCCUUCUGGGAUAACCGCGUCGUCGUCCAUCGUGCCAUCCCCGGCGGGUAUGAUCCGAGCACGCGCGAGGGCAAACGGACGGCCAUCUUUGGCGAGAAGCCCAUCCCCGUGACAGAGGGCGACGGGAGCGAGAGUCUGAGUCAGAGGAUCUGGAGGUUGGGUGGGGAGGAGGCACGCUUUGAGGAGACGAAGCUGUAUUUCAACAGUCCGCUGGUGUGA